CAGAUGGUGGGGGAGGAGGCUGGGUGCGUGCCGGGGUUGCAGCCGCGGGACCAAGCUGGGCCUCAGAGGGCCACAGAGCAGAGCGCCCACCCACCGUGCUCCUUGGACCCAGGCCAAGCUGGGACCACUCUGAAUGAUGGGGUGCCUCCUCACCUUCGUAGCCUCCAAGGGGUGCCAGGACUUGACCUUUCAUUUUUCUGAAGACUAAAGGGACCCUGAAAUUCCAGGAAGGAGACCUGAAGAUACAGAGUAGGGGUGAUGGAGGAUGGUCCCCCAUCUUUGGGAAUGUCAGAUCAGGGUCGUGUUCUUCCUUCUUGCCCUGGAGGUUUGCAGAGAGCCCACUGGGACAGGAGCCCCUCUCAGCCUGGUGGCCCUGUGGUAGAGAGGGUAAGCAGUGAAGAAUGAAGGGACAGUGCCAGGGCAGCCUUGACCACCUCACUCCCCAGCUUCUCAGGACCUGCCCUGGGCCCCAGAAUCCAGUCGGCCCCUAUCAGCCUUUUCAGCCCAGGGCCCAGCCAAAUGCUUCCUGUCACAGUGACUGGACCGAGAAGGUCCAGGGAUUAUCUCAGCCCCUCCAAGUAAAGUAGAAGAGGGAAGGAACAGAUAUCAUUAUAAAAGGAGUGCAGGCUAGACACCCAGAAGAACUUCCCUCACCACAGGUUUUGGCUCUUAGAAUGGGUUUUGGGGGAAAAAAAAAGAUAUUUCUGAAUUCCAGGACUCCUGGGCUGGGGGCAGGGCAGCAGAUUCUCGAUGCCUCUCCCGGGGAACAGGCGCUCUGCCAGAGGCGUGGAAACGGUAGGGUCCGUAUCCCCUGGCCACCACCCUCUCCCUUCUCCUCCAAGAGUUACUCUGCCCCCGCGUGCGGUCCCCUGCGGGCUGGAAAGCCGGCGUCCCAGGUCCCCGGGCUGCGGGCCGGCAGGGGAGGAGUUAACUCCGGAGGUACCGGCUGGGCUCACUGUACCUGCCGCCGCCGCCGCCGCCGCCGGUGGGAGGGACGAGGAAGCGGGAGCCGCCGGGGCGCCAGGAGCGCUCCAGUCUGGCGGGGCACAGCGCGGGGAGCGGGUGGCCGGGGCUCCGCGCGGCCGGGGGCGUCCGCCAGGGGGCGCGCCGCGACGGGGCGGGAGAAGCAGCCUGGUCUGGGGAAUUAGCACCAAGGACGGGCGCGCGCGCAGGUCCCCAGCACAUCUGGGCGAGAGCGGCGCCGCUGGAGCCGAGGGGGGCGCCGAGCGCAGAUCCGGAACCGCGGAGCCACGGCGCCGCUGGGGCCCUUCGAGGCGCUCGGGGCGCACAUCUGGGACCUCGAGUGGGGGCCGAGCCGCGCGCAGCUGGACCAGGGGAGGGGGGCGGCGGCAGCACAGCUGGACCGAAGGGGGCGGGGUCGGCCCUGGGCGACCGGCUGAGGGGAGGGCCGCGGGCCGCCGGGGACUGGAGCAUGGGACGGCGCUCCUGAAGGAGCAGGAAGGGGACGAAGAGGCCUGGGACCCCGAAAGGAGAAGCGGAGAGCGAGAGGACGAGAGCGGAGGAGGAGGAUGCAACUGACUCGCUGCUGCUUCGUGUUCCUGGUGCAGGGCAGCCUCUAUCUGGUCAUCUGUGGCCAGGAUGAUGGUCCUCCCGGCUCAGAGGACCCUGAGCGUGAUGACCACGAGGGCCAGCCCCGGCCCCGGGUACCUCGGAAGCGGGGCCACAUCUCACCUAAGUCCCGCCCCGUGGCCAAUUCCACUCUCCUAGGGCUGCUGGCCCCACCUGGGGAGGCUUGGGGCAUUCUUGGGCAGCCCCCCAAUCGCCCAAACCACAGCCCCCCACCCUCAGCCAAAGUGAAGAAAAUCUUUGGCUGGGGCGACUUCUACUCCAACAUCAAGACGGUGGCCCUGAACCUGCUCGUCACAGGGAAGAUUGUGGACCAUGGCAACGGGACCUUCAGCGUCCACUUCCACCACAAUGCCACAGGCCAGGGCAACAUCUCCAUCAGCCUCGUGCCCCCCAGCAAAGCUGUAGAGUUCCACCAGGAACAGCAGAUCUUCAUCGAAGCCAAGGCCUCCAAAAUUUUCAACUGCCGGAUGGAGUGGGAGAAGGUAGAACGGGGCCGCCGGACCUCGCUCUGCACCCACGACCCAGCCAAGAUCUGCUCCCGAGACCACGCUCAGAGCUCAGCCACCUGGAGCUGCUCCCAGCCCUUCAAAGUUGUCUGUGUCUACAUCGCCUUCUAUAGCACGGACUAUCGGUUGGUCCAGAAGGUGUGCCCAGAUUACAACUACCAUAGUGAUACCCCCUACUACCCGUCCGGGUGACCCGGGGCAGGCCACAGAGGCCAGGCCAGGGCUGGAAGGACAGGCCUGCCCAUGCAGGAGACCAUCUGGACACCGGCCAGGGAAGGGGUUGAGCCUCAGGCAGGGAGGGGGGUGGAGAAGAGGAGAUGCCAAGUGGGGCCAGGGCCAAGUCUCAAGUGGCAGAGAAAGGGCCCCAAGUGCUAGCCCCAACCUGAGGCUGUGGAGCGACUAGACCACAGGAGCACUGGAGGAUGAGCGGGCUCUCUGUAGCUUCACAGGGCCUUGCCACGGAGCCACAGAGAGAUGCUGGGCCCGGAGGCCCGCGGGCAGGCCAGUCAGUGUGACCCCAGAUCAAGUCAUGGGAGGAACCUAAACCCUUGGUUCUUGCCAUCCUGAGGAAGGACACUGACAGGGAGGGGGGAUUUCAUCAGUGUGAACAGCGUGUCAACUUAGGAUGGAUGGCUGAGACAGGGCUUCCUAGGGAGCUAGUCAGCUGGGUAGGGUAGGACCAGAGGAGCUCCCCAGCCCCGCCUAGUGGGCAGCCCUGAGCCCCUUGUCCUGUGCUGAGCAACGCAUGAGGCUGAAGUGGUGACCCUGGGGUCUUUGAUGUCUUGACAGAUUGACCAUCUGUCUCCGGCCAGGCCACCCCUUUCCAAAAUUUCCUCUCCUGCCAGCACUGCCCCUCUACCACCCGUUGCUAUGGCACAUCCAUCCUUAAGCCGAGACAGGAUGAUUGUGGUCCUCCCCGCACCAAGGUCACAGCCCGUGCGCGUGCUGUGUCCCUCUUCCAGGACAUCACACCCUGCUGGCUCCUCUGUGAGCGUCCCUGUCCGGGAGAGCGGUCCCUCAACAGUCAUCCUCACCUGUCAGACCAGGGUUCUCCCGGAUCUGGAUGGCACCGCCCUCUCAGCUGUGGGCACGGGUGGGGCGGAGCCAGGCCGCAGAGCAUGUGCUGGAUCUGUUCUGUGUGUCUGUCUGUGGGUGGGGGGAGGGGAGGGAAGUCUUGUGAAACCACGGAUUGCCGACUUUUGUGUGCAGAAUCGUGUUCUUGGAGCAGGAAAUAAAGCUUGCCCUGGGGUACUGGA